GGUCUAGAUAAAUCAGGAAAAAUGUCUCUCUAUCCAUCUCUUGAAGACUUGAAGGUAGACAAAGUAAUUCAGGCUCAGACUGCUUUUUCUGCAAACCCUGCCAACCCAGCAAUUUUGUCAGAAGCUUCUGCUCCCAUCUCUCAAGAUGGAAAUCUUUAUCCUAAACUGUAUCCGGAACUUUCUCAAUACAUGGGCCUGAGUUUAAAUGAAGAAGAAAUACAUGCAAAUCUGGUGAUGCUCUCUGGAGCACCACUUCAGGGGCAGCUGAAAUCAAUAGAUAAUGGUAUAUUUGUUCAGCUAGUCCAGGCAAAUUCUCCAGCCUCAUUGGUUGGUUUGAGAUUUGGCGACCAGGUACUCCAGAUCAAUGGUGAAAACUGUGCAUGCUGGAGCUCUGAUAAAGCUCACAAGGUGCUCAAACAGGCUUUUGGAGAGAAGAUCACAAUGACCAUUCGUGACAGGCCUUUUGAGCGGACAAUUACUAUGCAUAAGGACAGUACUGGAAACGUUGGCUUUAUCUUUAAAAAUGGGAAAGUGACAUCCAUAGUGAAAGAUAGUUCUGCAGCCAGAAACGGUCUUCUCAUGGAACAUAACAUCUGUGAGAUCAACGGCCAGAACGUCAUUGGAUUGAAGGACUCUCAAAUUGCAGACAUACUAUCAACAUCUGGGACUGUAGUUACCGUCACAAUCAUGCCUGCUUUUAUCUUUGAACAUAUUAUUAAACGGAUGGCGCCAAGCAUUAUGAAAAGCCUGAUGGAUCACACCAUCCCUGAAGUUUAACAGUUAGGACACAAUGGAAACAGCUGAGCGUCUCCAGUUUCCUUUCUCAACUACUUCUGUAUUAUGCACACGAAGCUUUCCCGGAGCCAGGGAGCAUAUGCUGCAUGAGGACCUUCCCGUCUCACGUUAUGGCUGGGAAUCUACUGGUUCAUCUGAU